AUGCUUUUCCAAAAGACCAUCCUUGCCUCCCUCUUCGCCAUCUUGGCCUUUGCCUCUGCCACCUCUGCCACUCCCUUUGGUCUCUCCAAGCGUGCUUGUGAUUACUCUUGUCCCGACAACUCUUGCAAUGACAAGUGCCAGGCUGCUGCUGAUGGAAAAGCCGUUGCCCCCAUUUGCCAGGAUGACAAUAAUAAGUUUGGGGACUUGCAUACAUUUAUGCCAGGUGUUUUAAAGCUAGAGAGUUAUAUUGUUAUACACGACAUUCAUAUAGUUUUAGUAAAGACGUUCGGAACUCUUCAAAUACUUGAAAUAAUGUCAGGCCUUGAAACAAGCUUAAUUUCUAGCCUAACACAGAAACUUUAUUUUAUAUGGUAA